AUGGAAAAAAUAGAUCAGAUUAUCACGGAAAAUGGUAAAUGGAGUGCUUUGGCAAAUAAAUGGGCCAGGAAAGAAGGUGAUUCUACUGUUUUUAAUAAACCUAAUGUUUCUCCAGUAGUGUUUGAACUUAUCCUCAAGUAUAUAUAUAGUGGCUCAAUAAAUUUAGGAAAUCAUGACAAUACAGAUAUUCUAGAUUUAUUAAUCGCAUCAGACGAAUUAUUACUUUCAGAACUUUUUGAACAUGUACAAGAUUAUUUACUUUCAACGAAAUCAGACUGGGUAAAAAGGAACGUUGUCAAAGUACAUCGUACAAUUUAUCCUUAUGAUGGAUCGAAUUGGACCGAUGAAGAUUUUGUGGAAUUAGAACGUAUAUUACACAAUUGCAUUCCUUUGAUUAGAUUUUUUCAAAUUUCUUCAUGUGAUUUUUAUGAUAAAGUUUGGCCUUUUAAUAAGAUAUUACCCGAAAAUCUUAAAGAGGAUAUUAUUCGCUAUCAUUUCAAAAGAAAUUCGGCUAUUAACAGCUCCAAUGGCUUGUCGUCCCUAUCACUAAUACCAAAAUAUGCAUUACCGCCAAGAAUCAUUCCAUUUGACUCAACUUUGAUCAAAGCUGAACAAGUAGCUAAACUUUGUGAUUGGAUAGAUCGUAAAGACGGUAAUUUAAAUGACGCCAAGUUGAGCAGAGUUAGUAGGCCAGGAUAUGCUAUUAGGAUCAAAGAUAAAACUCAUGGUCCCUGUUUUGGCGAUAAAGAUUUAUGGAUGAAAAAUAAUUUUAAUGCUUAUGAUAGUUGUUCCAGCGAUAAAGAUGAUUACACUGAUAGAGUUACCACAUUGAGCAAAUUCUGG